CCGCUGUGUUACCUGUAUACGCAACGGAGCGCGGUACUCUCGCCGAGCGCUCUGGCAGGUAGUGCACCGGGUGGUCGACGGUUGUUCCAUUUCACGGGGCUGUGGCCACACGCGCGAGAAAUGGGCUCGAAGAAGCACAAAAAGCACAAACGCGAAAGGCACGAAGGAAUUUUGACUACGUUUUCACCACGGGCAAACUGAGAGUAAGGUUGGAGUAGAAGUGAGGUGGAUACGAAAGAGUAUAUACCGAGCGUUCCACAGCGACAGGUGCGACGUGGAAGUAAGUGACGACGUAACAACGGACAUGGACUGGUUGCACGACUGAAGCUAGCUGUGCUUCCAAGAUUACAGAUGCCCCGAACCCCCUUUCAUUUUGGUUGUCUGUUGUAUCCGUUGAAGUGCAACAAGAUCUCAAGACGCUAAAGUUACCUUUCCUUGUUACAACAACCGAGCGUAUGCGUAGGGCACAAGAGAGUCAGUGGGGCACAACGACGGACAAACCGCCUGGCCUGAAAUUAAUUCUAAAGGUAGGAGGCAGUAGCGGAACGCCUGAGCACGGUUGCGAGUCACCGAGUCAGGCGACGAUGCUGUCGCAGGAUUAUCAGCAACAGUUGGGCAACUAUUCGGUUGCCCAAGGAGACACGGAAUAUGACAGAUACAUAGGGCACAAGAAGCUCAAGAAGAAAAAGAAGAAGAAAGAUAAACGGCACAAGCACCAUCACAAGGACAAGAAGAGACGGAGGGAGGAGUCGAGCCAGGAGUCGGUCGGCGAUGCCGACGAGAACCUUGUCGAGGCACCGAAGAAGAUCCCUAAUCACCAGUUGUUACCCCCCAGACCACCGUCCAGCGGCGAGUUGCGAGUGGUUGGUGUCAGCAAUAUAAGCUCGUUGUCGCCGCAUCGCGAGCCGAGAACGUGCGUGCUCAGGAAGAUUGCGGAGCGCACGCCGCUUCAGAGACUGCUGGAGCAUCUUCUGAGAUCGAUGGAGAAGCGCGACCCGCAGCAGUUCUUUGCCUGGCCGGUCACGGACAGUAUCGCGCCCGGUUACUCCCAGAUCAUCACCAAUCCCAUGGACUUCAGCACCAUCAAGCAGAAAAUAGACGACAAUAACUAUCAGAAUCUGAACGAGUUCGUGGACGAUUUCAAGCUCAUGUGUGACAACGCCAUGACCUACAAUCAUCCCGACACUAUCUAUUACAAAGCGGCGAAGAAGUUGCUGCACGUCGGUCUGAAGAUGGUCCUGCCGGAAAAGUUGCGACAGCUCAGGCCGGUCUUGACGUACAUGCACGACAUCUCGAAGGAAGAGCUCGGCUUCGAAUUGGGUAUUGAGGAUCCCAACAAUCCGGAUGCCCCGGUAACGGAGGAGCAAAUCGAGCGGGAGCGCGAACAAGAAGAGCGUAACGAGGAAGCCGAGGAGCUCAGGAAAGAGAAUCAGAGGAAGAUGAGAUUAGCUAAUUUAGGCAAGUUCGAGGCGAUACCGGACGACUUGACGCCGGAGGAGAUACUGAAGCAGGCGAGAGGGGCCGCGAAAGCGGCGGCGGAGAAGCUGAGUCUGAAGAGGGUCAACUCGAAGAUGGGUUUCCUUCGGCAAAAGAAGGACGGCACCACCAGCCUGCAGAUCAUCGUGCCCGGCGACGGGAUCAUACCGGGCACCAAUCAGAGGCCCGUGUCGCUGGGGCAGUUGAUAGGGAAGCUGAAUCACGGCACGGGCGCGUUGGCCGGAUUCCGCGAGGACCGCAGGAACAUGUCGAAGCCGGUGAAACCACUGUAUUACGGCGCGUUCGGCUCCUACGCGCCCAGUUACGACUCGACGUUCGCGAAUCUCACCAAGGAGGAGACGGAUCUCGUCUAUCAGACUUACGGCGACGAGACCGCGGUGCAAUACGCGGAGUCGAUCUUGGACUUCGCCAAGGACUGUGACUACACGUUGACCAUGGUCGACGAUCUGCUGGACAUUCUUACGGCCGGUGAUCAUAGGAAAACCAAGAAGUUCCUCGAAGAGAAACGAAGAUUGAAGGAGGAGGAGGAGAAGAUUCAGCACCUGCUGGAAAAGCCUAAUCAGGAUGUGAAUCGCAACAUUCCGUUAUUGGAGAAGGUCAAGGUGGACAUCGAGCAGUUGAAGACGCUCUCGGAGCUCGGCAUCGACGUCAACUUCUUGGAGAAUUUAGAAGAAGAACUGAAGUACAGCGAAGAACGAGCCGCUCUUCAGAGCCGUCUGGACGACACUUCGCAGAUGCUGGGUCGGCUGAAGCAAGUUCAGCACGAGCGUCUGUCGGCGCCACCGCCGGCGCACCUGUCUAAUGUUUCGAAGGCGGCGGAGGCCGAAGUAAUGUUGGCCGAGAAGAUCACCGACAAUCUCACCGACAUCGCGAAGAAACUGCCACCAUCCGCGAUAGCGCCUGUCGACGGUCUGCGAAGAGCGAUGGGCAUCGCACCCUUGGGAGGCGGGCCAGAGCCCAUGGAGGUCGAGCCGAUCACACACAACCCUACGAUCGUCGCCGACAGUUCGUUGCUACCACCGAGCAACGGUCAGGUGCUGUCCAAUCUGAUACCGGCGACGCCGUCGCCGAUACAGAGCGCGAAUCUGCUCAGCCCGACCGGCCAGCAGAGUCAAAAUAUCGGUAUCGUCGGCGGGGCGAACCAGCCGCCGAUCCAGAUACAGAUCGGCAUGACGCACAGCCAAACACCGCCGUCUCUGCUGAGUGCGACGGAGCCGUCCGGCGUGACCGACCUCGAGUCCGAGCUACGUGAGUUCCUGGAGAGCGACCCCACGCUGGGACAUUCGCCGCUUCACGACGACAAAACCCUAGAAGACAUCUUAUCCGAGUCUUAGUGCGCGCGCGCGCGCGUGUGUGUGUGUGUGUAUGAGUACGAGUGUGAAUCUAUGUAUGCGUGUCGUAAUCCGAGUGUUUUGGAAUAUAAAUUAAGCAAUAUAGGCUAUAUAGCCUCUGUGUACAUUUUAAUACUUAUAAUUUCAUUUUCUCAAGUACGAUUAAUAAAUCGAGAACAUUACACUUUAUUUUCUUCAGCUCUCUCUCUCUCUCUCUCUCUCUCUCUCUCCGAUCGCUCCGUUUUUUUCUUGUUUUGCGACUGGAACGCGAAGGAAGAGUGAUAUCGUGUUGAAUCGGAAAUCGAUUCUCUCAUAUUCUUUCUUUAGAUCUUUGAAGUAUCGUGUAAAAUAUCUUGAGAUAAAACCUAAUAUACAAGAUGUUCCGCGAGGAAACCGACAAAUUUCUCGAAUGUGCUCUAGAGAUAAUUCUAAAUAAAAAAGUUUAGAUAUUAUAUAUUACAAAUCAGUUUGGCUCAAUUCUCGACAUACAGACGAUUUUAUUAACAUUGUAACAGGCGAAAAAUACUAGACAUUUAUAUAUGGAUUAUAUUUAUAUACCUUAUCUAGUAUAUUUUCGUGGUUGCACAUAAUAACAACGUGGUCUUAUUCUGCGGCCAGCUUUCGUAUUCCCGCUUGGAGGUGUGUUCCAAGAAAGAAAGGAAUAUUCGCUACCUUUUUUUACUUCUCUCGGAAAUUAUUUACAAUUUAAUCCCGAAUAUAUCAUCAUUAAGGGUGUUGCUUCUCAGUGACUCAUCUGUUACGCGAUAUUGGCCUAAUGAAAUUUAAGCGAUAACCGAUACGACACACGGCACAUUAUUGGGACACACCGCACAAUGUGGCUUCUCUGUUUCUACGGCGCGGCAUCGCAGUGAAAGAGCGCAUAAAAUAAGUGCACACGCCGCUAUCGAUUAUUGAUAAGUUGCCGCUGCAGCUGCUACAUCCUGUGUGCUUCGAGGCGCAAUGUGGAGAGCCUCGAUCAUUCUCCGGUCGAAAACGAAAUCAAUCGCGGUGCGCUCGAUGGGCCGGAUAAUGCUCUCGAAUACACCGUGCAUUGUAUCGCGACGGAUAAGGAUACGGAUAUAUGGCCAAGAGCCGUUCCGAGUUUCAAGGGGAGAUUAAUACGCGAUUCAAUUCGAAGCUCCGGAGAACUCCGAACUCGGGAUUAGCCGGAAGUACGGAAACUCCGAGUGCUUCCGCGAGAGAAUCAGAGGUAUAUAAGCUCGAGACACAAUCUUGAACCUUCACCUAUCGGCCUUCAAUUUUCCCAUUUUUCUCUCUACGCCACGGAGGAUUCGAGGAAAAGUACCGAAGAUUUGUUUAAGAUGGUUGUAAAGAAAAAGCCAGAGGAUCCACAUAAAAAAUACGUAAGAUUAAGGAUAACGUGUAAGGAUGAGUGAUAAAAGUACAAAAUACUGUAAUUUCAA